AUGCUAUCUCAAUUCAAAAUUGAUGGUCAACCAACCAUGAGUAUUCUUCAAUUCGCUAAUGAUACUCUGCUUAUUGGAGACGGCUCGACGUCUAAUAUUUGGGCUUUCAAGGAUAUUCUUCGUGCUUUUGAGUUAACUUCAGGUCUUAAAACUAAUUACUCCAAAAGCUGCUUGUACGAGAUUCUAGAACCUGAUUUUCUUGUGGAUGCUGAAGACUUUCUUCACUAUAAAUCUAGAAAGUUGUCGUUUAGUUUCCUUGGUAUCACUGUUAGCGGCAACCAUUGUCACUACCCUUUCUGGAAGCCGAUUCUGAUUUGUUUGAGGAAUAAAUUAUCCAACUGGAAUGGGAGAAAUCUGUCUAUUGGGGGCAGAUUCUUAUGGGCUAGAAACUCGAGCAAAACUUUUAUUCCUUGGGUUUCUUGGAAUUCUGUCUGUAAAUCUAAGGAAGAUGGCGGUCUGGGUAUUAAGCAUGUGGAUCGUUUCAACAGAGCUUUGUUGGCAAAAUGGCUUUGGAGGUUCCAAACUGGCGGCAAUGAAAUAUGGAGGAAGACCCUCACUAAUAGAUACGAUAACCUCAGUAUCAAGAUGCAAACUUACCUCGACGUUGAUAAUUCGAAAUCUGAUUCUCCGUGGAUGAAGGAUAUUAUGACCAACGCGUCCCUAAACUCUCAUGCCAACUUCUGA